CCGAAUACAUUCGCAAUAUGAAAGUGUAUUAUAAUUUGUUUAGCACAGAACGUAGUUCACUAAUGGCGAUCGUUCGUUUUUUUUCUAUAAUAAGACAAACAGUUAUAUCAAAAACUUCUCGUCAUUUUAUAGUUUUCGCGUAAAAUCUAACUGGUGUGCGAGAUCGGAAGGAAAAGUUGUGUCCAGGUUACGGUCUGGUCUGGUACGGUCGAAAAUCAGAGCGACCCCGUUCGAAGUCCGUUCUUGCCUCUGAGAAUGAAAGCUGACAGUUUAUCAAGAAUGCGUUAUAUUAGUGGAAGAUCCAACCAUAGAGUUUUGCAGGCAUGUGCUAAACUGUUUGGUUAUAUCGUAACAAUGCAAAACUAUCGGGUGACUACCAAAAUUUUAAUUUUUUUCUACUGCAGUCAAAAAACGUGUUCGAGAACAUUUGUGUUUUUGGCGUAAUCUGGUGAUGCUUUAUUUAGCUGAAACAGAUACUUUCUAUCGGCCUGGUGUUUCCUAUGAAAUGGAAUCAAUUUUUUUCCAAACAUUCUUUCUGGUACUCUGGUUUUGAAUGAAAGCCAACCUUGGGCGAAGAACGAAGUCCUUUUUUGUAGAGGUUUACACACACAAUUACACACAGUCGAAACCGAAAGUUUUUCGUUUUUAAAAUAUUUUAUCGUGAACUUUUAGCUAAAAUUUGUAUGUAGGCUUGAAAAUGGUCACGGUAGAACAACUUUUCACUGCGGUAAUCAUAUUCUUUUCCUUCUUACGGUGGCCAGGCUCGCUGUCAUUUAGACAGCGUUCUACUGUGAACAUGCUAGAGUAAACAUGUCAAACGAGUACUCGCCACCAGGUUUGUGUUUUCUCCUCAGAAAAUCUCUAGAGUGCUGGAGAAUAUCUUGCACUGCGAAAACAACUGCUCCCACACUAGAGAUUCCUUUUAACGGCGUAGGUACACGAGGACUACACUUUUGCCCGGCAGGUUUUUUUACACUUUCCGGACUACUUGCCAGUGUACACUGUGGUGUUCUUCUGCGUAUUCUCUUUAGAGUUUUUCACCCCUCUUAUUUCUCUCAGAUGUGGGGUGAGCUGGAAGUGUGUUUGUCUCGUUGUCACGUACUGAAAGGGAAGUGCGCGAUGAUUUUUUUCUCCGCUGAGGAAAAUGCCAAGCAUGCUCGCCACCACGACGUUUUUUCCCUAAACGUAUUUUGACAUUUUCGCUGGAAAAGAGAAUACUUAAAAUACUCGUUGAUCUUGUAAUAAUAUUCCUCAACAGAAACCGAAGUUAGUAGACAGAAAAAAAACAAAAUAACAUCGCUUAACGAAUGACAGUGUGAAUCUCUUCGAUGCGCGAGUGUCAUUUGACCAUGUUUUCUAUGUGCGAGAUCCUGCGGUCGUUCUAUAUUAAUGAGCGAGAUUCUACUGCGAUGCACACUAACGAAGCGAAUUAAAUGAAACUGUUAGCCGUUAUCAAACAUGGUUAUGACAGAUAUUAAAGUCUUCAAACUAGGAUAAGAUGUUUUGUAGGCUAGUGCUACAAAACACACCCAACAUCCACUGCCAAUAAUAUGAAGCGCGGAGUAUAGAAAACACCUGAGCAAUAUCACAAUAGAUCUAAUAUCUGGUCGCAGUGAUGAGCCCACACAGAAAAAACAUCAAUCGUGAACACAACACAAAAGUCAACGAAUGAGCAAUUGUAUAGAGAUUUUGAUUCGCACAAGGCACAUUGAAUACAAAAAGAUUGUGAAACCAAGACAAAGUUGAUGCUCGAUAUUUAUUUAUUGAUUUUUUUAUUUACAAAUAUACCAACAGGCAGAAUAUUACCUCAGUGGUUACUAGUACAAUAAUACAUUAAACUACGAAACAGCGAAACAAAGAUCGAUGGACGCGAGCGGAUAGGUGAAAAUCAAACAUUACUGAAACAAGGUAGAAAGCUCUUUAAGGGGUUAUAUACCUUUUAAGUCGUUAAAAAUGAGGGAAGUUUGAAUUUAUUUUUAAGAGCAUAGCACCAUUUUCAUUGCAUCAAAGUGGUAUUUUUCUGAACGUAUAAUUUAUCAACAACAAAAAAAUACGUUUGAUUUUGAGAUAUACCAAUUAUUAUUGGAAUAAUGGCCGUUUCCCCGAAACGCUAUUUUUUUGUAGAGGCUUACGGUGAUCAUGAUAUAGACUCAGAUCGCUUUUAUGAGUAUUUUAUUUUCAGUGCAAACGGGAACGUUUUUACCAAAAAAUGCACGUUUUGAGCGCUAAAAAUUGCAUUGAAAAUUUUUUUGCGGCAAAAUGUAACUGUAUGUUUCAAAAAGCGAUCGUUCAAGGAACGGCGAAUUUAAUAACGAAAAUUUAAAAAAAAGAUGAAGGAAAUCGGUUCAGUAGUUUUCCCGCAAUCAGGAUCACGGCAAAGUCAUUUUUGGAAAACACUGUUUCGAGAUAAUCGCGUGUAAAGUUUCAAGUUUAGCUUAUGCGGCCGCGGCGGGGCGCGCUGUAAAUCGCUCUAACUUUCUUCCCAUUGCUUAGAUCUUCAGGAAAAUUUGUGAAAUUGUUCUCAAAAUGUUGUAUUUGAGGAUAAUGCAAUAAAUUUUUUUCGGUUUUUUGAAAACCAAAAAGGUAUAUAACCCCUUAAAGACCUAUAAUGGCAUUGAUUGCGCUAUAGUUGGUGCAGCGAAAUGGAAUGUGUAAUAAUGGUGAUCUCCGUAACAGCUGAUAGGGAAAAGUUCCAACAUAUUGAAUUUGACGAGGCUUUCUUCUACAAAUCAAUCGAUGAGCGAAAUGCUCACAUUGUUGACUCGAUAAUCAAUACAGCAAACCAAUCUAUCCGAAAGUCUUCACCUAAAGCGGGACGCAAGUCCGUUGCUUGGUGGAAUGAUACAAUAUCGCAAGCAAUAAAAGACAGAAAACGUAGCUUAAACUUUUUCAAAAAACACCCAACGUCUGAAAAUGAAAAAAAGUUAAAAAUUCUAAAAUCUAAGUCGAGGGCUCUUAUACGGUAUCAUAGCAAGCAGUCGUGGAGAAAAAUGGUAGCUUCAAUUAACUCGAAUGUUCCGCAAACUUGUAUUUGGAAACAAAUUCGAAGUAUUAGUGGGUUACAUAAAUCCAAUCUAAUAACAUCCUUGAAGCAUCAUAAUGCUGUUUUAUCAAAUACUUCUGACAUAGUUGAACUCUUGGGAAAAUAUUUCUCACAGGUAUCUUCAACUGAGAAUUACUCCCCAUCGUUUAAAAGACACAAAUCGAAAGUUGAAAUUCUCCCACUAGUAAUCAUGAAUAACAACAAAUCGUAUAACAAAUCUUUUUCCUCAUUUGAAUUUCAAUCAGCUUUGAAUUCUACUAAGGGAUCUUCACCGAGAAAAGACAUGAUUCAUUAUGAUAUGUUGAAACAUUUAUCUCAAACAGCUAAAACAUAUUUACUGAAAUUUUAUAAUCGUAUAUGGACCGAACAAGUUUUUCCCAAUGAAUGGCGUCAUUUCAUAUUGAUCCCUAUUUUGAAACCCUCCAAAGAUCCAUCCUUAAUAUCUAGCUAUAGUCCAAUAUCCUUGACAAGUUGUCUCUGCAAACUUCUUGAAAGAAUCGUGAACAAAAGAUUAACCUGGUACAUUGAAAGUAACAAAAUUCUCUCUGACUAUCAAUUUGGCUUUCGCCGGGGACGAUCUACGAUUGACAGCUUAACUAUCCUUGAAUCUGAUAUACAAUCAGCUUUUCUGAGAAAACAACAUACUUAUGCUAUCUUCUUCGAUUUAGAAAAGGUAUACGAUCUAACAUGGCGUCGACAAAUUUUAAACAAAUUAAAAACCAUAGGAAAUGAUGGUAAUAUACUUGGCUUUGUCAAUAACUUUCUCCAAAAUCGCAAAUUUCAAGUACUACAAGGAAACACUUUUUCGUCCUCUUACGAUUUAGAAAAUGGAAUUCCUCAAGGAGCUGUCCUAAGUGUGACUUUGUUUUUAUUAUCAAUUGAUGAUAUCACAAAACAGAUAGACCCCAUAUGCAAAAUUCUGCUUUACGCAGAUGGUAUAGUAUUAUAUAUGUCAUCAAAUUUUUUAAAAUCUUUACAAAAACGGAUGCAAUCAGCUGUUAACAAAAUGCAAAAAUGGUUAUCUAAUAACGGAUUCAGAAUAUCAGUACCAAAAACGUCUUGCAUGCAUUUUUGCAGAAGGAAAAAACAUAGUACAAAUUUAGUUUUUCAAAUUAUCAAGGAUAAUAUCCAAGAAGUUGAAGAAGUGAGGUUCCUUGGAAUGAUCUGCGAUAAAAAGUUGUCAUGGCGAACCCAAAUUGAACAUGUGAAGAAGAAGUCUCUAAAGGCUAUGAACAUCAUGAAAACAUUGUCAAACUUUAAAUGGGGAUCUGAUCGCAGAACAUUGAUUAAAUUACAUAAUUCUCUAGUGCUCUCUCGGUGUGAGUAUGGAAAUUGCAUAUAUUCGUCAGCAUCACCUAAGCUUCUAAAAUCCUUGGAACUAGUACAUCACCAAGGCUUACGCAUAGCAAGCGGAGCUUUUCGUUCAUCUCCCGUUAUCAGUAUCUUAGUAGACACUGAGUUUUUGCAAUUGGAUAUCAGACGAGAAAAACACACCUUAUCACAAAUGUCUAGAAUCUUACGUAAUCAAACUCAUCCUAUGUUAGAAUCAAUUCAACAAUUACCAAUUGACAACACAAAUAAAAACCAAACCUUUCCUUCUAGAUGCUCCCAAAUAUUAAACAAGCUCUGCCUAGAAUUACCUAAAAUCAAAACAGAGCACCUUGGUAAAAUUGCUCCGUGGUUACUCCCAAAAUUGGACAUAAAUAUUGAACAAAGUGCCUUCCCCAAGAACUCUACCAACUCUGAUGUAUACAAGUCUCUGUUCCGUAAAAUGUUAUAUGAAAACUCGGAUUAUCGACUUAUGUUUACUGACGGCUCAAAAUGUAACGCCAUCACUUAUUAUGCAGUUUUCGAUGAAAGCAACAACAAAAUAUUAAAGUCAAGACUUCCAAACAAUUCUUCAGUUUAUAAUGCUGAACUUACGGCGAUUCUCAAAGCAACAAAGCAUAUCUUUAAUAGCAAUUUUAACAAAUAUAUUAUAAUAACCGAUUCAUUGAGUGCCUUGUCAGCACUUUCCGAUUAUUCUUCAAACCAUCCAAUGAUACAAUCAAUCUUUGACAAUAUUUUCUCUUGCCAACAAAAGUCUAAAACAAUCAAACUUUAUUUUGUACCAAGCCACAUGGGAAUCCAUGGCAAUGAAAUUGCAGAUAAAGCGGAAAAAGAAGCAUCACAUGAGCCUAACUCACGAGGUAAACUGUUGGCAAAAGAUUUUAUAAACUUUUCAAAAAAUGGAAUGUCCCAGCACUGGGAAAAUAAAUGGAAUAAUAUUACAGAAAACAAAUAUCGCCUUAUUCGCAACUCGACAUCUCACUGGCAUUGUGUGAAUAAAUUUUCGAAGAGAGAUGCGGUAGUUCUGACAAGACUACGAUUAGGACAUACCAGUUAUACUCAUUCUUAUUUAAUGUCCAAGGAUAAUCCCCCAAUCUGUGAUUCUUGCAAACAAAACAUAUCUGUUCAACAAAUAUUUGAACAUUGCUCUAAAUAUACUGCGAUACGAAAAAGCUUUUCCAAUAAUGGUAUUGAUGCCCUCAAAGAUAACAUGAAGAGUAUAAAAAAUGUUAUAAACUUUAUGAAACAAACAGAUUUAUAUGAUCUCAUUUAAAGUUCUCCUAUUUCUAUAAUUGUAACCAAAAAUAUUAUGAUAGAUUAAUAGACUGUUAAAAAAACACUUGUAAAUAUUAGUACCAUAAGUUAGCUUUAGAGUAAUGUAUUUGUAAUGUUAAUUCUUUCUUUCCUGUAAUGUAUUGUAUAACCUCACGGCCCAAAUAGCCCUAGUUGUGCUGGUGGCCGACCAAAUGUAAAUAAAUAAAAUAAAUAAAUAAAUUUUCACGAUGUUGAGUGCGAUCGAUUGUGAUUUUCAGCUGUACACUUACUUUUUAAACUCCAACCUAUUGAACACACCAUUUUUUUCACUGUCGUGAAAACUCAAAUCAACCUGCGUAUGUUUUGACAGAAACCACUUCAUGAAAUCAAAGGAAUAAACCAUCAAAAAAGCCAUGAGAAACCCACACUUAAGAUGUGAAAUAGUGCUUUUGUUUCGAGUGAGUUUCAACAUUUGGUCACCUUUCCAGACUGAUUCGCGUUUAGGGAGCAACUAACAAAAUGUAAACAAAUCGUUUAAUUACACCACUGGUUUCGAAAAGACUCACACAAUUCAUGGCAAGAAUCCUAUCUUUUGUAUAAAUCGAUAAAAUUAUUUAAAUCAAGUUGUUAGUAAAGGGCGACAAAACAGUUUACCCAAAACAAAAGAUACUUUGGAACUAGGACCUUUGAAUUGUUUUGAAACAACGGACUUACUUGCGAAAUACUUCGUAAACAGGCGACAGUAAAGGGCGGAUCAACAUUGUUUUCAAAAUAAAGGCGCGUUUAAAGGGACGCAACUGAAGAAAAAAUGUAAACAAGGCGAACAAAAGGUGGGUGUUUCUCGUUGUCAGAAUGCUUUAAGGCGAAAUAGAGGUGGGCGAAUCUCGUUGUCAGAAUGAUUUAAGGCUCAUUUGAAAAGGGUUAGAAGAAAAGCGCAGAUUUUAGCCAUAAAUGCAUAAAUUUAAUGUAGUAUUGUUAGGAAACUAUAAGACAGUGUUAUUUUACGUCGAUUUUUGGUAUUGAUGUCAAUGUUAGUCACUUCCUUUGAAAUUACGAUUCGAAAAUGUACUCGCAAAUUUUCAAACAGAUAUUCCCCAAUGUUUAUCUUUUGCCAGUUGCGCCCUUAUCGCAAAGCAC